CAGCCCAGGAGUUUUAAAAACAGAACGAGCCUCACAGAAGCUGCAUUACGCUCAGAAAUACUCGUUGUAAUCUGGCACCGACCUCCAGCUAGGCGACGUAGGGCCGCUCCUCCGUGAGGAAAUCUUUGUUCAGAUAAAGGCUGUUAGGUUUAAGGUUCCCCAACAUUUGUUCAACAACUGAUGUUUGAAAACACAACCGGCGGGUACAGAAGGUUUUGCAUACAUAUAGGGUGAAAUCCAACUUUGUGCAACAAGGCUCCACUUGACCAGCGCUAAAUUAGAUAGAAGAAUCCCGGAUGUGAUUUGAUCAUCUCUGAUCUCCUUUUUUUUCCUUUUUUUUUUUUGCGUUGCAUGCAACAAAGUGACCGCCCUGUUUUGCAGGAUGAAACAGGGGGCGUCUGUUCCGACUGCUUUGUAGCGCGCUGAAGAAAUGUGACUUUUGAAGCGCUCUUGGCAGGAUCGGUACCUCCAGGAAUCCAGCAGCGCUCUCUGUUUAAGUGAGGCUGUUUUUCAGCACCGCGGACAGCUCCUGGCGUGCGGCUCAGCUGUACGCGCCUCAAACUUGAGGCAGCAGGAAACAACACUCGCCUCUCUCUUUUACUCAUUCACCCGACUCCAGUGUAAUCCACUUGUUUUGAGUCUAACAGGACAAACAGCGCUGCGGAGGAUAUGCGCUCCGUGUACACUGUGCAUGCUCUGCACAACAGCGCUGGAAAGAGAGGACUCGCGCACAGGCUGUAAUCUACAAACGCUCAGAAGAAGAGACGGACGAAAGGGAUGGCGGCGAUGCUGUACUUGGCCUCUGUCAGAAUAAAAACAACAGCACUUUGAGAUUUGCUGGUGCUGCUGCUCCUCUUGAGAUUUUUUUUUCUUUCAGUGGCACCAUCAUCAGCUCUGACCAGCCACUGAGCAGACCCCACAGGCAGGACAGUGUCAUUGUUUUCUCCAGGGACAUGUCAUUGGGGAAAUCCCCCAUGUGGGGGGUGCGCCCUGUGCGCCGACCCCUGUGUCUGUCCCAUCUCAGCCUGCUCUGCUUAUGCGUCUCCCUCUUUACCCGGGCAACACACGGCCUGCCUGUGGUGGCUUAUAACACAGACUCCAAGAAGGAGAUCACCCUGGAAGGAGAUCUAAUGAUUGGCGGCUUGUUUCCUGUGCAUCAGAAAGGUGAGGGGUUGGAAGACUGCGGGAAGAUCAAUUCACAGAGAGGGAUCCAGAGACUAGAGGCUAUGCUGCUGGCCUUGGAUGAAAUCAAUAGGGAUGAGCGGAUCCUUCCGGGGAUCCGACUUGGAGCCCACAUACUGGACACCUGUUCCAAGGACACUUACGCUCUGGAGCAGUCUCUGGAGUUUGUCAGGGCUUCCCUCACCAAAGUGGACGACAGCGAGUACACAUGCCCUGACGGUUCCUACGCCAUUCACGAUGACGUCCCUCUCGCUAUCUCUGGGGUCAUAGGAGGCUCCUACAGUGAUGUCUCUAUCCAGGUUGCAAAUCUCCUGCGACUUUUUCAAAUCCCCCAAAUCAGCUACGCUUCUACAAGUGCCAAGCUGAGUGACAAGACUCGCUAUGACUACUUUGCUCGCACAGUGCCCCCUGACUUCUACCAGGCCAAGGCCAUGGCAGAAAUCCUGCGUUACUUUAACUGGACCUACGUAUCGACCGUGGCCUCUGAAGGUGACUAUGGUGAGACUGGUAUCGACGCCUUCCAGCAGGAGGCGCGCGCUCGGCAGAUUUGCAUUGCCACAUCAGCCAAGGUGAGCCGAUCGAUGAGCCGCUGGAGUUAUGAGAACGUCAUCCGCUCCCUUCAGCAGAAGUCCAACGCCAAAGUGGUCAUCUUGUUCACCCGCAGUGAAGAUGCCCGGGAACUGCUGGUGGCAGCUAAUCGGAUGAACGUCAGCUUCACCUGGGUGGCCAGUGAUGGCUGGGGGGCCCAGGAGAGCGUGGUGAGAGGAAGUGAAGCUGUGGCAGAUGGGGCGUUCACUAUUGAACUUGCUUCUUAUCAAAUCCCCCACUUCAACCAAUACUUCACCGCUCUGCAUCCAUAUAACAACACCAGAAAUCCCUGGUUCAGGGAAUUUUGGGAAAACCAGUUCCAGUGCAGUCUCCAUGAUCUGGUUUGUGGAAAACACUCACUCCACGAAGUUCCAUUUCAGCCAGAAUCUAAGAUCAUGUUUGUAAUAAAUGCUGUGUACGCCAUGGCUACUGCCUUGCACAACAUGAGGCAGGCCUUGUGCCCCAACUACACCAAGGUGUGUGAUGCUCUCAAACCAGGAAAUGGACGCAAGUUUUACAGGGACUAUAUCUUGAAAGUCAAGUUUGAAGCACCCUUUCGUCCCCCCGACACAGAGAAUGUAGUUCGUUUUGAUGCCUUUGGAGACAGUGUUGGGCGCUACAACAUUUUCCACUACCAUAAAGAGGGUGGGCGCUAUGUCUACCGCAACGUUGGAUACUGGGCUCAAAGCCUGACCUUAAACACCAGCCAGAUUCCCUGGUCUGGCCAUGUUGCGCCCACAUCCCAGUGUAGUGACCCCUGCAGAAAGAAUGAGAUAAAAAGCAUGCAGCCUGGGGAUGUGUGCUGCUGGAUAUGUAUCCCCUGCCAGCCGUACCAGUAUCUUCAGGACGAGUUUACCUGUGCUGACUGUAGCUUCGGAGAGUGGCCUCUGGCCAAUCUCACAGGCUGUUACGACCUACCUGAGGAGUACAUUCGGUGGGAAGAUGCCUGGGCCAUUGGACCUGUCACUAUUUCCUGUCUAGGGAUGAUGAGUACACUAUUUGUCAUCGGGCUCUUUCUUAAAAACAAUGAGACACCUGUAGUAAAGGCCAGUGGACGUGAGCUCACCUACAUUCUUCUGCUGGGAGUGCUGAUGUGCUAUAGCAUGACAUUCAUCUACAUUGCCAGGCCUUCCACAGCAGUAUGCACUCUGCGCCGGUUAGGUUUAGGCACCUCAUUUGCUGUAUGCUACUCAGCGCUCCUUACCAAGACCAAUCGCAUUGCUCGGAUUUUCAGUGGAGUGAAGGAUGGUGCCCAGAGGCCUCGCUUUAUCAGCCCAGCCUCCCAGGUUGCCAUUUGUGGGGCUCUGAUUUCCUGCCAGCUGGUGGUGGUGGUGGUGUGGAUGUUGGUGGAGACCCCAGGUGUGAGAAAGGAAGUGAGCCCGGAGAAGAGAGACAUAGUUACUCUUAAGUGUAACAGCAAAGACUCCAGCAUGCUUCUGUCGCUCACCUACAACUGCAUACUCAUCAUCCUCUGCACAGUCUACGCCUUCAAGACCCGAAAAUGCCCGGAAAACUUCAACGAGGCCAAGUUCAUCGGGUUUACCAUGUACACCACCUGCAUCAUCUGGCUGGCCUUUCAACCCAUUUUCUAUGUCACUGCCAGCGACUACCGGGUGCAGACGACCACCAUGUGCAUCUCCGUCAGCCUCAGUGGGUCUGUGGUGCUGGGCUGCCUCUUUGCUCCAAAAAUCCACAUCAUCUUGUUUCAACCUCAGAAGAAUGUCUGCAACCUCCGAGUGGCCACCACCCGCUUUAGCGUCAACACCGGUCCGGCCUCCAGUUUUUCUCAAGCUUCGGCCUCUAACGUUGUUCCAACAGUUUGUAACGGACGAGAGGUGGUGGACUCCACAACGUCCUCCUUGUGAAGAUCAAGGUUUAUUUAUUUAUUUACUUAUUUUUUUGUAAACAGAGUAAUAUAAUCACUAGUCCUGAAUCAGGUGUCUCAGAUACAGACAGGGUCACGCAGGCGACCAUCCUGACUUUGUUGUCCUCAGAGUGCUGUGAGUACAAAUGUCCCAAUUAUGUCAUUUUGUUCUUUGACUCGUAGCAGUUUUGGAGCUGCCAAUAAAGGAAAUUAUAGCUCUUGUUUUUUGGAGAUUCUACUUGCAACAAUGGAGUAAAUUAUAGUAAAUCUGUUCAGUGUAAUAUAUUCAAGACGUUUUUAAUGUAGAAUAUAGUGGACCAGUUUGUGCUUUUCUUGUAAUUUAUGUAAAUAAAAAUGUGUUUUUUAUAAAUAGUAAAAUUUGUUUGUUUCUGCCUGUGAUUCCUGUACAUGGUAUAAUGAGGUGCAUUCCAGAGAAAUCACUGUUUGAUGGAAAAUCUGCACAAUGUGCUCAACAAUGCUAAAUCUACGGUUUGUGUUUAAUGCUUUACAACCUUCUAUGACAAAAUAAGUUUGACUUGUCAACCCUGUAUUGGUCGCUUUGAGUGAUGGUGGUUGAAAGAGUUCUUUGAAAAGAAGUCAAACCUUGAGCAUUGCAUUUAAGUUACACUUGAUUAUUCAAAAAAAAAAAAAAAAAAUCAUUUUUGCUAUGCAGAAACAUCCUUUGAUAACUCGACAU